CAGUGUUUGGAGGUAGGGUUUCGGUGUGGAGAAAUUUUCACAGUAAUGCUCUCAGUGCUCCGGACUUAUUUUACAGCAAAAUGGUAACACAACAAACGGAAUAGGUUAAUUAAAUGUAGCAAUGAUAGAAGAGGACAACGACAGCAUUUAGCAGUAACCAGCAUACAAGUACUGUUGAAAACGAAUUAGGACGUACCCAGACACCCUCUCCGGCCGACUGAUUGAGUCUAGAAUAUUCGCGCCUAACAUAAACAGAUAAAGGGCCGGUAAAUAGUAUAAAGUUUAAGAUGGCAGCCACUAGGGAAAGGCGUGCCACUGCUGGCAAUAAGAUGGGGCGCAUGUUGGAUGCUGAGGAAGAAGAUGAUUUCUAUAAGACAACUUAUGGUGGCUUCAAUGAGGAAGAAGAUGAUAAAGUGUACAAUUCUGAAGAUUCUGAAUCUGAUCAGAUUGAUUCUGACUUCAGCAUUGAUGAAAAUGAUGAGGUCCGCAGUGAUGCUGAUGAUGAUGAUGCUCCCAAAAAACGUAAAGGGGUCUCCACCAAAGCCUACAAGGAACCUGUCAAAAAACUUAAAACCGAGGACAGGAAGCCAAAAGAGAAGAAAGAGAAAGAGAAAAAGAAAAAGACUACAUCAUCUGUUCAAAUUUAUCAUGCACCUAUUGAAAAGAAAUCUUUACGAAGAUCAACUGCAGUCAAAUCGAAUGCUCGAGAGGAACGAGAGAAGGUGCGGGAGAUGAAGCAGAAGAUGUUGAAGGACAUGGCACUACAGAAGAAGGUGGCUGAAGUGCGGAGGUUGACUCAGGAAGAACUACUGGCGGAGGCAGAGAUUACAGAGGAGCUCAACUUGCAGUCUUUAGAGAAUUACCAUCGUAUGGAGAUGGAGAAGAAGAAGAGUCGCGUGACCAAACAGAUAAACCGCGGACCUUUGAUCCGGUACCAGUCCUUCACAAUGCCGCUAAUUGAGGAACUGCCAUGUGAUGUGGAGAUCAGCGUGGAUGUAGACAGUAUUGAACCCCAGAAGAAGGUAGAAGAAUACGACCUUGUGAAUUGUGAAAAGUGCUCAAGGACGUUUGUAACAUUUACAGAUGAACGGAUAUUCAAGGACUACUUUCCACAGAAGAAACACAAACCACCAGUAAAACAGUAUUGCCCAGUGACCAAAAAACCAGCUAAAUACUUUGACCCCAUCACACAGACACCCUAUUCCUCCCUCAAGGCUUUCCACUGUAUCCGAGAGGCCUAUUCACAGCAGCAAGAGGAAACAGGGCACAAGAAGAAAUGAUUUUGUGUGUCUAAAUAUCUCAUGCUUACAUAACGGUUGAGAGAACAUAUUGUUUUGAUAAUGAAUAACGAAAGUCAUGUUACAAUGUUGACGUAUGCAUUGAAGUUUAUGAAUUGUAAACAAUUUCAUUGGCUGUCAGUUUUUUAUCGUGAAAGUGGUAGUGAUAUUUUCUAUUCAUCAGUCAGUCAGCUUACUAGUACAUCUGUUCAACAAGACUUAUGUAUUUGGUGCUAUGCUGAGGUCUUGGGCCAAGCUUUGUCAGUUGGUACAUCAAUAAACUAAUUAAGGUUUAUCAGUGGUAACCAUGCACCAAUUUCAUCAGAAAUUAUGACAACAAAAAAGAAAAUCCUAUUUGAUAUGCCUCAUCUAUGUAACAGCAUUUCUGAUUGGAUUAUAUUGAUCACAUGAUGGGGAAAUAAAACAUCAUGUUGCCCUCAAUAGUUCAAGUUCCUCAAGUCAUAUUUCCUUUAUUCAGGGCUUCUCUAGAAACUAGGCAAGAGCCACCACACCUGGGUUCCAAGUGACUGAAGCAGUCCACAGCAGUGGCACAUCAUCCUGCUCAUUUCUAGUGUUGUUAGGGUUCCAAGUGACUGAAGAAGUCCACAGCAGUGGCACAUCAUCCUGCUCAUCUCUAGUGUUGUUAGGGUUCCAAGUGACUGAAGCAGUCCACAGCAGUGGCACAUCGUCCUGCUCAUUUCUAGUGUUGUUGAGGUUACAAGUGACUGAAGCAGUCCACAGCAGUGGCACAUCAUCCUCCUGCUCAUCUCCAGUGUUGUUGAGGUUCCAAGUGACUGAAGCAGUCCACAGCAGCGCCACAUCAUCAUGCUCAUCUCCAGUGUUGUUAGGGUUCCAAGUGACUGAAGAAGUCCACAGCAGUGGCACAUCAUCCUGCUCAUCUCCAGUGUUGCUAGGGUUCCAAGUGACUGAAGCAGUCCACAGCAGCGGCACAUCAUCCUGCUCAACUCUAGUGUUGUUGAGGUUCCAAGUGACUGAAGCAGUCAACAGCAGUGGCACAUCAUCCUGCUCAUUUCUGGUGUUGUUAGGGUUCCAAGUGACUGAAGCAGUCCACAGCAUUGGCACAUCAACCUACUCAUCUCCAGUGUUGUUAGGGUUCCAAGUGACUGAAGCAGUCCACAGCAUUGGCACAUCAUCCUGCUCAUCUCCAGUGUUGCUAGGGUUCCAAGUGACUGAAGCAGUCCACAGCAGUGGCACAUAGUCCUGCUCAUUUCUAGUGUUGUUGAGGUUACAAGUGACUGAAGCAGUCCACAGCAGUAGCACAUCAUCCUGCUCAUCUCUAGUGUUGUUAGGGUUCCAAGUGCCUGAAGCAGUCCACAGCAUUGGCACAUCAACCUACUCAUCUCCAGUGUUGUUAGGGUUCCAAGUGACUGAAGAAGUCCACAGCAGUGGCACAUCAUCCUGCUCAUCUCUAGUGUUGUUAGGGUUCCAAGUGACUGAAGCAGUCCACAGCAUUGGCACAUCAACCUACUCAUCUCCAGUGUUGUUAGGGUUCCAAGUGACUGAAGCAAAGUUCUUUAAUUCCUGCUGAUGAAUCCUGUUUCAAAUAGGCUUUGUCCUUGUGACAUGAGAUUAAUGUUGGGGAAACAAAGAAUGAUAUUAAUUGCUUCAAAUAAAUGUAAAGUGUAGUUUAACUGCGGUUUUCUUUAUCAGGUGCCAGUAGUUAUAUAAUAUCAUUGUAAUGAGGGAUCAUCAGAAUGAUGUUUUACAUGAUAUUUGUUUUUUUAUUUGUACCCAGGUAUUUAUUUUUACAAUAUGUUCCUAAAAUACAUAAACUCUUUAUGGAUAUGAACAGUUUAUUGCUAUUGGUUUACCAGAUGGAUAACUUAUGUGAAAAAUAUCCACAAACCGCUCUGUAAAGGAAAGAAUUUCAUGAUAAUCUUGACUAUAGCAUUUCAGGAGUGAGAUAGGUACAUGUAAGGCAUUGUUUAAAGGGUAAGCAAGGUCAUCUUAGAAAUGUUAAGGUUGCAACUUUUGAUAUCACAAAUCUACUUUGUACCUUGGAUUUUCCCCAUGACGGAAUCAAAAGCCCACAGUUAGCUACAGGUAUAUUUAAUUGGUUGCAGACAUCAAAAAUGGACCAAAUGCACGGCUAAUAGAGAGUGGUUCUUAAACUUUGAAGAUACUCUUUAAAUCAAAUUAGUUCAGUUUUACAUUUAUGCUGCAACACAAUCACUUUUAUCUGAAAUCAAAGCUUCUUUCAGAAAUGACAGGUAAUGCAUACUCCAUAAAUGCUUCCAGACUAGUUAACAUACAUCAUCGGCAAAAAGUCAUGCUAUACCAAGUUUUUGUUCUGUCAUGAGAAAAUCCAAGAGGCACAGAAGAAACAUAUGUUGACAGCGUAAGAAUGGAUUUCAAAGUUGAUGUAAGAUUUCCAGAGGUGAUUGCUUGUGAGUACAAGAAUACGAGAGCAUUUGUAAGGAGUUAUGUUAGUAAAACAUGGCACUGUAUAAAGAUGUGUGACUGAGAAAGUAGAAAUGAAAGGUAGAUAGAAAUUCUAUAUCUACCGUACUUGAUUGUUUGUUAUAAAUAAAAUUACCGAUCGUCAAA